AUGAUGAUGUAUCGCACCCUAAUGGUUAUGCUCUCCCUCAUUGCCAUCACCCUGCUUGACCAAACCUUCGCUUUUCCCCUGAGAGCAUCGCGGGAAGAAGCACCACAUGUAGUUUCUUCCCUAAUCGGACUUCGCGAUGAUAAUAACUGGAUAUUAUUCCCUAGCCGGAGCAGGAGAUCACUUUGCGACAAUCUCAGUCGCACUUUCUUUGGAACUGCUUUCACUGCCGUUGGAAAUGUAGCAGGAACCCCGGGCUCCCGGCGUAGUCUACCCUCCUUGUUUUCAUGCCUUAAUGGGUUGCGUUAG